CGAUAAAGAGUGAUGCUCUUCCGAACGAAUCAGCACGGAGAGCCAUGGGGAUUACAUGUUUCAGAGUCGUGUUUUAGGGUUAGGGUUUGUAAAUCGCACACAGGCUCUGCAUGAAAGUAUUCUUAGUUAUAUAGUUGUUGUGAAUUGGGGUUUGGUGAGACAUCGUCAUGUUGAGUGAGAACUGGAGGGCUCAUGCAGCUCUGGCCUUGGUCCAGUUCAACUAUGGAGCUUACCAUGUUAUAACGAAGCUGGCCCUUAAUGUUGGGAUGAACCAGGUGGUGUUUUGCGUGCUCAGAGACCUUAUUGCUCUCUCGCUUCUAGCUCCGGCUGCCUAUUUCCGGGAAAAAAGAAUACGACCACCAAUAUCGCGCAGUCACCUUGUGGCAUUCUUCUUUCUAGGCCUAACAGGGAUAUUUGGCAACCAGCUGUUAUUUCUUAUUGGCCUUAGCUACACAAGUCCUGCAUAUGCUGCAGCAGUACAACCUGCCAUUCCAGUGUUUACAUUCAUCUUGGCUGUGCUAAUGAGAACCGAAGCAUUGAAUUUGCUCAGAACUGAGGGCAAAGUGAAGGUUGCAGGCACACUUAUUUGUGUUUUUGGUGCUGUUUUGAUGGGAUCAUUCAGAGGUCCAGCUGUCUUUGGUAACGGGUAUAUGGACCUUGCAGCUGAAAGUGAGAUAAGUGCCAAGCCUCAACCAGAGCCUGUUGGAUGGUUGGCACCUUCGGUACUGGAAUUAGGUUUUGAAAGAUGGCACAUUGGUGUCUUGUGCCUGAUCGGAAACUGCAUAUGCAUGUCCCUCUACUUAGCUUUACUGGUUCCAGUUUUGGCGAAAUAUCCUGCUGCUUUGUCAUUGACAGCAUAUUCGUACCUUUUUGGUACUAUAUUGAUGAUUUUGACGGGAUUUUUCGCCACUAAUGACUACACAGAUUGGAUCUUAACUAGGUCUGAGAUACUUGCAGUUGUAUUUGCUGGAAUUGUUGCAUCUGCUUUUAACUAUGGUCUCCUAACGUGGUGCAAUAAGAUUGUGGGGGCUACAAUGGUGUCUCUUUAUAAUCCACUUCAACCUGUGACAUCUGCCAUCUUGUCAAGAUUUGUACUUGGAAGUGCUAUUUAUCUUGGAAGUAUGAUCGGGGGCUUUCUCAUAAUUGCAGGUCUAUACAUUGUCACUUGGGCACGUCGUCAAGAGAGGCAGGCAGCUGUGACUGUUGCUUACACAGGUAAGGACUCAGAGCGUUACAUGACCAAGUUGUCUUACCAAAAGGGGUAUGCACAUGUUGGACAAUCUUCAUCACUAACCAGGCUUGUAUAGAGCAGAUAUAAAAUUUUGACAUUCAUUUCUAUUAACAAACUGUAUCCAUUCAAUGACCUUCAAUUAUUAUGCAAUGUAUUUGUUAUCAAUAUAAUUGUGUUUUUUAUGA